CGUUAGUGGAAUGUCAACAGCCAAACGGCUGGUUUUAUCUUUAAGAGGUCGCAAAUCAAAUCAACAACAAGAAUCAAUAAUACAAGAAAAUAAUAUUAGUUAUAGUGGAGCGACUUCAUCACAACAUCUAUUAAUAUCAUCAUCAAUAAAUUCAGCAAAUAGUUAUUCAUCACCGGUUAGUGAUAAUCAUGAAUUAGAUGAAAUAGCUAUUGUAUCUGGGCCAUCAUCAUCAAGUAAUCAACAAUUAUUAUUAUAUGGUUCAACACAAACAACAUCAACAACAACUGCUACAGGUGUAGCUGGUAUAACAGGUGUUGGUACUGAAUUAUUAUCACCAUAUGGAAGGCAAUCAUCUGUAUCGAUUAGUGGACACGAUAAUCAAUUAUUUGUUAGUGGAAUCGGUGAGGAUACAAAUGGGCCAACACGUUUUCCAUCAGAUUGCUGUUGUAAAUAAAAAUCUUAAAAUGAAUUCAUUCAGAUUGUAUUAAUGUGGAAAGUACGAAACGUUUGACACAUGGAUCAGCAACAGAUCAAUUUUUAAUUCAUAUUAAAUUUAAGGAGACGGGGCAGUAAAUAAGAGGAUACCCAAAUGGUUUAGAGAAAGGUUGACUCAAAAAUCAUCGGUUUCGCAAAAGAUUCAAUUGUUUGUGAGGUUGUAAGACCUAUUAACAACAUCAAGGAGUUUAAAAUUAACUUUAAGAAAAAAAAAUUUUUUUGUUACUUCAACUGAUCCCGCGCCUUUCAUCACGAAAAAGUGGAUUAUUUGAUUAAUUAGUUAAAUCAAAAUUUUUUUUUGGAAAAGUUUUUCUUCAUUUUAAAAAUUUUUAGAAUAU